AUGGGUGAAGCUAUCAGUGAUGAGGCCGAGGCCUACCUUGCCAGCAACAAGCUCUUCCUUGGCACCUUUAUUCACUCCCAGUCACGCGAAUCUCUCGAGUAUCUUCACAACACAGCCGUCUGCGUCGACCGCUUUGGUACCAUUGUCGCCGUCGAGCCGGACUGCAACCUCGACCGCGCCAGGACCGAGCUGUUCCCCCGUCUAGAAUGGGACGAAACCUUGGUCACCGUGACCACGGCCUCACCUGGCCAGUUCUUCUUCCCCGGUUUCAUUGACACGCAUGUCCACGCGUCCCAGUACCCCAAUGUUGGCAUCUUUGGCAAGUCUACGCUCCUCGACUGGCUCAACACAUACACCUUCCCGCUUGAGUCGUCUCUCAAGGACCUCAGCAAGGCGCGCCGCGUCUACACGGCCUGCGUCCGCCGCACCCUCGCCCACGGCACUACCACCUCGGCCUACUAUGCCACCGUCGACGUUGCCGCCACCAACCUGCUUGCCGACAUUUGCCUCGACAUUGGCCAGCGCGCCUUCAUUGGCCGCGUCUGUAUGGACCACAAGGACAUGUGCCCCUCGUACUAUCGCGAUGAGUCCGCCGAGGCUUCUCUGCAGGCCACCGAAGCAUCCAUAGCACACAUCCGCGCCAUCGACCCGUCCUACGACCUCGUCACCCCGAUCCUGACCCCACGUUUCGCGCCCUCUUGCACAAGCGACGCCAUGCACGGCCUCGCCGCCCUGCACCGCGACACGGGUCUGCCGAUCCAGACGCACAUUUCCGAGAACGAAGGCGAGAUCGCCCUCGUCAAGAGCAUGUUCCCCGAUUCGGCCAGUUACGCCGCCGUCUACGACGACCACGGCCUCCUGACGAAGCGCACCGUCCUCGCGCACGCCGUUCACCUUACCGAGGAGGAGGCCGAUCUCGUUGCCGCCAGGGGCUCCGGCGUGUCGCACUGCCCGGCAAGCAACUCAGCCCUCACGUCGGGCGCCGCGCGCGUGCGCUGGCUCUGGGAGAAGGGCGUCGAAGUGGGGCUCGGCACCGACAUGAGCGGCGGCUACAGCCCGUCUAUCCUCGAGGCCGCGAGGCAGUCGAGUCUCGUCUCGAGGCACGUCGCUAUGGGCCUACCGGACGGCACGGAGAAGGAGAGGGCCAAGCUCACGGCUGAGGAGGCCCUGUUCCUGGGCACGCGUGGCGGCGCUAAGAUCCUCGGGCUCGAGAGCGCGGUCGGCGGCUUUGAGGUUGGUAAGCAAUACGAUGCGCAGCUCGUCGGCCUGGGCGCCGUGGACCAUGUUGGUGGACGCGAGGGAGAGGUCAUCGAUGCGAGUCUCGUGCGUGGCGAUGAGGGCAAUGUAGACAUUUUUGGCUGGGAGACGUGGGAGGAGAAGAUGGCCAAGUGGCUUUUUAACGGCGAUGACCGGAACACGAAAAAGGUCUGGGUACGGGGGCGGCUGGUGCACGACAGGAGUCCAGCUUGA